AAUCAACAAACAAUCGCCCGUUCGUUACCCCGGCCUCUUGUUGGCACAAACGACACAAGAGUAUACAAGAACUUUCGACUAACGAUUUUCGCUUUCUCUCCAUGUGGCUACAGUCUUUUCCCUCCUUUCCUUCCAUCUCAUAAUCGUAAAUGUCGAUUUUGUCACUGAGGUUCCUAUCCCCGCGCGUCUAUACGUCGUCGUCGGCGGGUCUCUCUUCACGUCACUUUGGCCCCAAGGCACAGCGUUCACCGCUACCUCGCGUUUUGAGGAGCCCUGCGCCUUCUUCGCGUCUGAGGGAUGAGCAGUUGAGCUUCUACAACAGCUCAGCAUCCGCCCUCCUACCGGGCCGUCAUUGACUCCCACACUCGACUGGCCGGUCCACCCUCGUUAGGAUGGCCAGCGCCGUUCCUUUGUUCAACGGCCUCAAGCAUCUCCCGUGUCCCAAGGAGACUGAAGGCCGCACAUGCACUACCACAGGCUGUCUCUUUGGCCACAGGGCCGACAGUCAACCCUCCGACACGAGGAGCCUUCACCGAUCUUUCGACGGAGCCGCAGACGAGGAAGAGGAAGGCCCUGCGAGUGAUGGAAAUGGGCUUCCCCCUAGUAAGCGUCAAAAGACAGCAAUCCACCGGCCUGGCGAGGUCGAAGGCCAAGGUGGACGCGUGGGCGACGGGCCCGCUAGUGGCUCACAUAUCACAAGUCAUC